AAGUGCGAAAUCAUUCGAUUUAUUCAGCUUUCAACACGAACUUCCAUCACAUAGACCCCCAUCUUUCCUAAGGGUUGAAAAAAGAAAAGGUAUAUUAGCCGCUAGAGGCGCGUGUGCCGGAGUUUGUGCAGACCUGGGAGCAAAUCAUCGAUCACAUCCGCCGCCGGCUUCGCAGGGUUGGGGGAAAAAAAAAAAAAGCUCUUUGGAUCGGUACCACCACCAUCACCAGGACCCUCUCCUUUUUUUUUUUUCCAAUGUUCCCUCCCACCUCCGCUCCCUCCCAUUCCUCCAUCUCUACCCCACCAGCUCCAUUCGGCACCGAAACACACACACGCUACCCUAUGUGAGUAUGCGUGUGUAGAGCGAACAGAGUCUUCGGACAAAUACACACACACACACACACACACACACAUCGACUGUGAUUGGUCGACAGUGUCGAGGUCACGUGACUUGCCCUUCCCCCAACGGGAGGUGGAGCCCCCCGCCAGUUAUUUGCUCCAGUCCGCAUCGACUGAAGCCGCACAAGACAUCAACCAGCAACGCGGCCGGCCGCAAGUAAAGAAGAGCGACCCCCCUCUCAAAAAUAAAAAAGUGAAGAGUGAAAUAAAAUAAAAGAGAAGACACGAGCGAGUUGGUAGUGGUGUGAUCGCCAUCGUCGAGCAUUUAAUAAUAGUUCCAGCACUGAAAAGAGUGACAACUCAAUUUCUUCUUUAAAAAGCGCGCCUUCAUCGAGUCGGUCAUUAAACGUCUCUCGUGCGCCAAUUAAGUGGAAGGUAGAAUUGAUGAUCGCCAUGAGUUCCUUCUUGAUGAACUCCGGGUCGUCGUACGUCGUCGACCCAAAGUUCCCGCCGAGUGAAGAGUACAGCCAAAGUAGUUACAUUCCAGCUGCGGCCAGUGACUACUACGUGCCUCAUCAUCAGGUACAGCAUUACCACGGCUACCACGGACAUCACGCUCAUCACCACCACAACGGCAAUCACCCGUCGUCCGUCACAUCGGCCGCGGCCACCAUGGGCUAUUACGGCCAACAUCCAAGUCACGGUGGAGCCGUCAUCAGCGCCGGUGGAGGAGGAUACCACGGCGGAGGAGCCUACGGAGCUAACGGACCGUGCGGAAUCGCAGGAUCUGGCCAGCAAGUUCAAGUGCCCAUGACUGGGCACGUCGCUCCGACUUUAGGCCAUCACCAUCCGCAGCCGUUACAGCACCAGCAGAGCCCCGGAUUGAUCCAACGGUCGCCGGCUCCGUCGCCGACACCUUCGCUGACUUCGAUGGUGACGUGUCCGUCUCAGCAGAUCCAGACGCAACAGCAAACGCUGGGCCACCAACAGCAGCUCCAGCUACAACACCAGCAGCACGUCCAACCUCUGCACCAGCAACAACUCAAUCCCAGUCAUCUACAACAACAACAACAACAACAACAGCAGAGUCACGGCGGUGUCGUUUCACAAGCGUUGAUGCAGCAUGACCAGCUGUCCCAUCUUGGCUCUAUGGUGGCCCAGCAGGCCAACAGCCAGCAGCAGCUGCAGACACAGACGCAGAUCCAGCAGCAAAACAGCGCCUUGCAACUCUGCCAGCCACCGACGCCAAACAGUCCGGAAUCGGAUUGCGACGACGGGUCCGACAUGUCCGACGACUCGCACAAUCCCGUCAUCUACCCGUGGAUGAAAAAGAUUCACGUCGCCGGAGCACCAGCGUUAUCUGAUGGUUUCCUAGCCAACGGAGGAUUCACGCCGGGAAUGGAGCCGAAAAGACAGAGGACGGCCUACACUCGCCACCAAAUUCUCGAAUUGGAAAAAGAGUUUCACUUUAAUCGGUACUUGACGCGGCGCCGUCGGAUCGAGAUCGCUCACAGCCUGUGCCUGUCGGAGCGUCAGAUCAAAAUCUGGUUCCAGAACCGGCGCAUGAAGUGGAAGAAAGACAACAAACUGCCAAACACCAAAAACGUCCGACGGAAGACCAACCCGGCCGGCGUCACAACGACGGCCACCGGAGUUCCCAUCACGACGUUGCCGUCCGGCGGCGGCAACACGACGACCAUCACGACCAGCACGCCGACACCGACCGGCAAUUCGCAGUCGUCCAAUCCGCCCAGAUCCAACGAAACGCCGACAUUUCAAGACUGCGGAAUUCUCAACAUCAAACCCGACUACGGAUUGACCAAUCUCUAAAGUGGAAAAAUACGGAAAGUAAACAGAAAUCGAGUCCCAAAGUCAAAUCGAGUUAGCGUACCGACAGUUUUCAUUGCGGCAGAUCGAACUACGAUUACCUCAGUCAUCAACGAGGUCUACAACAACAACAACAACAACCAAAAUGGCAUCGCCUUUGAUGUCUGAUCACCUCUCCGAAUGUUGGUAAAUACCGCGAUCUUUCGUCACCUUUUCUUCUUUCGCCUGCGGAAAUGAAUCCUUUUUGAGUCGAUCUGCCGUCUUUUCUGUAACACCUUCACGUCCUCCCGGCAAAAGGUUUUACCUCAGGGUUGUCGCUUGUACAUAUAGAAAUUCGUAUGAUCUGUUUAUCGCCACAAGUCCGCGUAGUCUCUUCUUUUUUUUUUUUUUUAAUGUCUUUCUCUCGAAUUGUGUCUAUAAAAAAGUCUCCCGAUUCGCCGUAAUCUUGUCCGACAGCAGGGUAGUAAGAUUCUGUUUUUCUAUUUUGUUGCUCUUCUUUUAAAACUUUCGCUAUGUGUGUUUGAAUUAGAUCAAAUUCUUAUUCUACUCGACUUCGUAUUUUGUAACUUAGCGCGUCGAUCGGCCCCCCUAAAUUUUCAAAGAUUCGGAAUGAAAAAAAUUGAAAUUCGGACAACCGGGUAGUUUGACGUCCAACAGCAGUCAUCACGUCAUAGAUUCGCUAAAAAAAUAAAAUAAAAAGAAGAGAAAGAUUUCAGAUUGCCCACCAUUUCUCGUAUUGCCCUUCUGUACUGCACAAAAAGGAAUUACUUCGAUUUGAACUGCUGUGUUUAAUUUUUUUUUUAGAUCGUUGGGGCAAGUCAGUCGGGGCUUUCUAAUUUCUUGAUAUAACAAAAAAAAAAAAGGCCGACAAACAUUAAUUCGAAAAUCAAAAUUUUUCUCUCUUUUACUUUUGUUUAGCGUUUACAAAAAUGUGUCGCACGCACGCAUCGCAGAAAAAUGUCACAAUAUCGAGUGUUUAGAAAUCGUUUGUUUUAGCAUGGCCGAGCCGCGUUGGCCGUCCGUUUUAAUUGAAGCAAAAAGCACAAAUUUUAGGAUGUUUUCCUUCUUUGUUAAAUUGAAAAAUUUGGAUGGGGCGCGGUUUUCGAAUGGCGGAUAGUCGUAGAGAAGGAGGAGAGUUGGGCCCUCAUUACGCGACUACAAACUCGGCGGUUUAUUUUUAUGGCCUAUUCAUUGGCCUCUGAACUCCAUUGUCGUUGUGUGGCAAGCCAAACAUUAAGUGUUUGACCCCUACGCAGUUUUUUUUUUUUCAAGUAUAUGUGUGUCCGACUCGCGCGUGUGUUUGUGUUCAAACAGUGCAAACACACACACACAGCCCGCACAAAAUGUAUAUUGUAGGCCUGACGACAUUUUCUUUAAGUGCCAUUGCGGACAAACUCCCCUGGCCCACUGCCUCCUCCACCGAGGCAAUAAAGAAGCAAAUGGCUAUCCUCAUUUGAUUUCCCGAAGGAGUCUCUUCACCUACCACCCACAAGCAAAAUUUUAUGUAGCUUUUUUUUUUUUAUUAUUAUUAUUCCCCAAUUUUUGCGCACACAUUAACAAGGAGAGAGCACCGCCGGGUUAGCCUCCGCCACACAGUUCCUAAAUACCUGCGCUCUUCUACAUGUUAAAAGAAAAAAGAGAAAGAUAGAGAGAGAGAGAGAGAGAGAAGAAAAACAUUAAAAAAGAAAAUAGCAAACCCUCAUUAGAGAGCGAAAGAGUCCUUCAAAUGUGUGUGUGUUUUUUUUUCCUUGCUCGCGAUAUCAAUUUUAAGUUUCCUGUCGAUCGUUCUAAUUUGAGUUGAACAAGAAUCAAAAGAGAAGAUGCAGCAAGUCGCCUACAAUUUUUUUCUAGCGCGAUUUACGCAUCAAGUCAAACAAUUUGUGUGUCUGUUUUGCAGUUUUGUUUCCCAUUGUUUGUUUUUUUCUUUCUCGUCAACGUUUGCAAAUUCCCGUCGUACCGUCAUGAUAUUACAACCCAAAUUGGACUACUACACGGCAAAAAAAUAUUUCAUUAAACAGAACAAUCUCCGUGUUCUUUCUCACAAAUGGACGAGGGGAAAUUUGCAACCAUUUUCAUCGUUUCACUUCGUCUGUCGUGUAUGUUUUGUACAGUGAUUGUCAUAUUGUGCGGCUAUUUUCUCGACAAGAUUGGGAGACACCACAAAAAAAUUAAGACAUCCAUCUUCCCUCCCUUGCUGUACAGAAGUCCAUGUGUCCAAAUUCUGAAGAGAAAAAGACAAACAGCCAAUACUGAGGUGUUUUUUUUACCUUCAUUUCUUUUUUUUUCCCCUUCCCGACACAUCCAAGUCUGCAGUUAAACACCCCGUUAGCGGUCAAUAUUUUGUUCGUAGGUACCCACUAUUUUCCUUAGUCUGUAAAAUAUCGAUUUAUCCCUACCUCUAUCCAAACUCCGUUCGUUUUGUGUGUGUGAAAAGUCCUAGUUCCGCAACCACUCGUGACGCCCAUCGCGAUCGAGUCUGAAACAAAACAAAAAAAAGUGUUAAAUGAAUUUAUAUUGAUCAUGCAAUAAAAGUAAAAUUAAAACUAAACAAAAAUCGAGUGUU